GUCUGACGACACCGAAGAUGACAUGAAACCAUCCUUUCCAUUCGCUGUUGCUCGGCACCAUUCUGGGAUUCUUGUCCUCUUACACACCAGCACGAUGGACGAGUCGGCUGAUGCUGACGUUCCCCCCCAGCAGGACAUGGAUGCGGAUGUGGGCACCGGUGAGGAGAAUCUGAUGGAUGUCGAGGGCGGCGGCCACGAGCAGAUUGACACCGAGCAGCCAAUCCAUGACGCGGACAUUGAGCUGCAAGACCAGGACGAGGAGCCUGCAGCUGCGGAAGGCGAGGAGCCAGACGAGCACCUGGGAGAGGCAUACAGCAGCCAGCUGCCGGAUCAGAGCGAUACUAUGGCUGGCGACGCUCGCGGAGCGCCGGGCGGUCUGCUGUAUCAAGAUGAGUACGAGGCGGCUGCGCCAGUGGAUCACCCGAGCGGCGGGGUCGUGGACGAGGCUGUCCAGGAUGAGCAGGUGGAGGAUGUGGGCGAGGAGGAGCACCAGCUUCCGCCUCAGCCUGAGGAUGUUGGUGGCGAGAGGGAGGGCUAUGAGGGCCAGCCGCCAGACACCCACGAGGACAACGAGGAAGAGGAGCUGGAUGAGGAUGAGAGCAUCGAGGAAGAGGAGGAGGAGAUUUCUCCCAUGGACCAAGCUGCGAUGCCUCCCCACCAGCCCUUCCCCGGCCUCUUCCCUCCCCCACCCGGCCGCAGACUCUUCGGCGACACCGCCAGUGGCCUCACUGAGGACGACAUCGUGCGCCAGUUCCUCACGCGAGACAACUUCGACGCAUUCCACGGACGGGAGCUCGACGACAUGAUCUACUCCGACGCACUCGAGGACUUCGAGAGGGCGCUCGCUCUGCCCUACUACCAGAACGGUAAUGCAAGCAGAAAAAACACCCCACACGGCUCACAUGAACACGGGUCUUCUUCUCUGCAUGGUCUGUUUGUUUGCAGGUAUGGGCAUUGCGGGUGGCGGUGGGAACCGCGCUGAGCUGCCGCCGGCCAAGCUGUGUUUGUUACACGCCAAGCCCAAGUUCCUACGGGCCCUCAUGCGCACAGCAGUAGACGUCGUCCGUGCGGCCCAGGCCGGUGGCAGCGGCGGUGAGGGCGACAGCGACGCCCCAGCGGGGCUGGACGAGGACAUUCUGAGUCUGGAGGGGGGCUACAACAACAUCCCCACCAUCACACUGCCUCUGGCAAUGGCUGGUGCGUCGUUAGGGGAGGGAGGGAGGGAGGGAGGCGGGGAGGCAGUGAAUGACAAGACGCGGGUAUUUGACAUGGAUGGGCUGGGUGCACGUGUAUGUGUAUGUACCCGUCAGGUUUCGAGGAGUACCGCGGCGAUGUGUUGGAGUGCCUCAAGUUGUUGGUUAGUUUCGACCACCCCAGCCCCUCGUGUCACGCCCGUGACUUUCUGGGAUGCACCGUCCUGCACCGCGCUGCCCAGAUGGGCGCCGCAGACAUCGUUCAGUUCCUCAUCGAACACGUAGACCCCACGAUACCGGUAUGCGCACAUGAAAGACAUGCAUCGAACCCGUUUGCUGCAUCCAUGUUGCCGUGUGUGUCAGGACCACCACGGCAACCUGGCGCUCGACUACGCCAUCGACUCGCGGACACCCGGUGCAUGGAUGUGCGUCAAGGCGCUUGUGACGGGGGGAGGCAUCCAAGUCACCAAGGCCCACAUACUUAGAGCCAUCGAAAGGUGAGAUAAAGACGAUACGAUGCAUUCAUGAGGCACAUGGGCACGUGAAUGUACCAUGGAUGCUUACUGACUGACUCACUCACUCACUCACUGCUUGGCUAUCCCGUUUGUGGUCCACAGGGGUGCGUGGCGUUGUCUGAUGGCCUUGUUGAUGCUCUUCGCCCCGCGCGAGCAGGAGAUGGAGGAUGUGAGAAGCACAUGACGCAGGAACCAUGUGCAUGCGGGUAAUUUGAUCUGGCGCCCCCUCAUUGCCAUGUAUGUAUGCGUUCAGCAAGUCAUGGAUGAGUUUCGCGAGGCGGCUCUGCACUGUGGUCACCGAGAUGAGUUCGACUACGUCAUUGACGUCCUGCAAGAGCGGGCAGCUGAACCUGGUCAGUCAGCUGGGAAAGGAGCCUACAACGGUCUGUCUGUCUGUCUGCUGUCCCGCAGGUGUGUCGAUCGAGUCCCAGGUGUGCCAAUUGCGGCAGGACGGCCCUCUGCUCCUGGGAGAGGGCAACUCAGAGUCGGGCAUGCCCACCAAACUCCGCACUGCAAUCAUCACACACCCCGAGUGCCCGUAAGCUCCCCGGAAACAUUGCACACGUGCAUGGUGCGGCUGUAUCGACUGUCGAUCUGGGUAUGUGCAUGCGUGUGCAGCAAGCAUCUGCAGCUGCCCGAGCCCUCAGACGACCCCAAUACGCGGUUUCAGCGAAUCCAUGACACGCCAGAAAAUGCCACGCGGAUGGAGGUCAGCAUACACAACAUAGACGGACGGACGGACGGACAGACAGGCAGAGAAUCAAUGGCAAAUGAAUGCGUAUUGCAUUUGCUCGAUGAAUGCCUUCAGGUGUUGGUGAAGGAGCAGCUCGGUGUGUUGCGUACGGCCGACUUCCAGAGCACCGUGUUCAUCGGUGACCCGCCCCCCGUCCGUCUGGCAGACAUCCUGCGCGUCCACGAACUCAAAUACGUCGACAGCCUCAAAAAGGCGUAAGCAAACAACAGCGAGAAGGCAUGAAAUGAACCAGCUGUGGACAUAUGCACCUAUGUAUUCUCUUUCUUGAUGCGUCAGCACCCAGCAGAUUCGUGACAACCCGCGCGCUCGGGCAGGUGAGAUACCAGACUGCACACCAACAGCCUUGGCAACAUACACGUUUUCCCUGUGUGAUACAUGGUUCAUGUAGAUUUCGACGGCGACACUCCGCUAAGCUCCCACUCGCUCAAUGCGGCCAUGUGUGCUGCGGGUGCGGUCAUUGAGGCGGUAAGUUGUUGCAGAACGCUACUAGAAACUUCUCUCAAAAGGCCACAGCUUAGCUGAGCCAUCUGCCUUAAAAUACAGGUGGACCAGAUCAUGGACCCAAAAACCAACAUCAGAAAUGCCUUCUGCGCAAGUACCUGCAAACAGACAUGUGAUCCAUGCACGUAUUCGUGCAUCUUUGUUUCUCCUUGGUGUGUGCAGUCCGUCCACCCGGUCACCAUUUGGGUCCAGCUGGGGCCAAUGUGGAGGACACCCAAGACGAAGACCUCACGUACAUAUGCAUACCGACCACAUACACUCAUAGACAAUGGGCAGAGGGAUGAGUGUUUGUGCCUGCAUGAGUGUCUGCAGUGUGGGAAGCCAGGGCUUCUGUUUGCUCAAUAAUGUGGCUAUCGGGGCCGCAUAUGCUCGCGCAUUCCACUGGAGGCGAGGUGCGUCAUCUGAUGUUGCUUUCCGAUCACCUGUAUGUAUGUGAAUGAGUGUACGUGUAGGUGUGGAGCGGAUCGCUAUUGUGGAUUUCGACGUCCACCAUGGCAACGGCACUGAGGUCAUCGUGCGAAACGUCCGAAGACGCGUUAGGCAGCACAAGGUGACCUCAACUCAUCGCUCGUUCACCAAUACGAAUGACUGGCCCCCACUCUCUCUGUCUCUGUCUUUCCGUUGUUGUGAUGGCUGUGCACAGGUGUCGUUCCCAGUUCGUUCAGGCCGAUUCGUGCGGGCGCAGGGCCUGAUGUUGACGGAGGACGCCUUCCAGGUGUGGCUCGACGAGACGGAUCCAUACAACAUAUUCUUCGCAUCCAUACAUGGUUACCACACCACACAAGCAAGCCCAACAUGACCAUCUGGUCUUUCUCCACUGCAUUUUGCUCUCUUUCCAGUGUACGAUCCGUUGAUGAGUUUCUACCCCGGGACUGGCGGCCCCACCCACGACCUCCCCGACGCGCAGGGCGGCAGCGAGAGCGUCGACUCGCCCCCCUUUGGCCCCUCCCCUACCGUCAUCAAUGUACCCCUCCGCCCCCUCAUGCACUGCACCAACAUCAACGAGCAGCAGAGGCGGCCCGAGACGCGCAGGCUGGCCGGCCUCGAGGAGAUGGAUGCACCACAGCAGCAUGAGGGGGCAGGGGGCGAUGCUGAUGAAGGGGAGGACGAGAAUGGUGGCGAAGGGGCGAUGGCGCGGCGCUGGCUGGAGGAGCGGACCAAGCAUGCCUUUAGGGAGAAGGUGUAUGGCUUCAGGCUCCACUUUGAGACCAAAGUGCUGCAGCCACUCAGGGAAUUCAAACCACGUAAGAAAGAAAGAAAGAAAGAAAGAAAGACAGACAGACAGCGAUGAAAGUAUGUCCCUCAUUCUUCCUCUUUUACCCCUCUGUGUGGGGUGUAGACAUGAUCUUCAUCUCGGCGGGGUUUGAUGGUCACAAGAGCGAUGACCUGGGCGGCGGCGGGCGGUCCAUCCUAUCUGAGUGGGACUAUGAGUGGGCCACUCAGAAGCUCAUGACCAUCGCAAAUGAGCAUGGAAACGCCAGAGUUGGUAGGCCGCAACGAAUGACCAGCACAAACACAAGACCCACACUGGCCGAUGAAUGAUGUAUUUGUGUAUCUGUAUCGAUCCAUCAGUGUCGGUACUGGAGGGUGGGUACAACACCCGUGGUAACGCGUUGUCCCCUCUGGCACAGAGCGUGGCGGCUCACGUCAAGGCCCUUAUGUACACCCCCACUCGACGUGGCUACUCCCAUGAGGUCGAGCCGGACAAGGCAGAGCAGGCUCUCAAACAGCACCAGCAACUCGUCAUCUCAUGCUCAAGACCCACGUAAGUCCCUGCCCAGACACCUACUUGCCAGCCAAUCACUGCUGUUCACUCAAUCGUUUGUUCUUUCGUCAGUGACACGCCGUUCCAGUACCCUGCUCGUGUGCCGAAGCGUCCCCGUGCCGAGGAGAUGUCCCCGAGGGAGACCUACCCCCCGCCGCCCGACGAGAAGGCACUCACGGGCGAGUGGGCCCUGGAGCAGCUGCGGGAGGUGCUGGGGGGGCCCGAUGGACGACUCCCAUCCAUGCCGUUCGGCGACAUGCAACCAGAGGCACAACCACCCGCGUAAGCAACCGUAUAAGUGAAUGAGGAUCCACCACACCAGACGCAAUGCAGCCAUGUGUGGUGGUUGGAUUCCCGUCUCCCGUUUUUGUCAGGUCCAAGCGUCCCCGUCGCAGGUCUGCGGCGGCGUGUGAGGCCUACAUCGCUAAGCAGGAGCACCUGAAGCGUGAGAGGGACGCCAUGGAGCAGCAACGGCCACCAUCAGCGGAGCCCCCGAGAAGCGAGCCGCUAGGUGAUGACUUCCCACAGGCCAACGGGUUGGAAGCCUACUACGGGACGGGUGCAACACUAGCAGGUGCUGAGCAGAACGGCGCGGAGGACGAGAUGGCUCAGUUGCAUGAGGAAGGUGGAGGAGGUGAGUACGACGAGGGCGGGGCCAUGGCUGGGGGGAUGGUCAUGGGUAUGGGGGCUGGUGACGACGGUGGUGAGGCGGAUGAGGAGGACCAGGACAUCGGUGAAGGCGCUGCCGGGGAAGAGGCACCCGACGAGCAGGAGGAGCAGAUCGAUCAGACGGGAGACAACAACGAGCAGGAGCAGUACCAGGAGGAGCACGAGUACGACGAGGAGGAAGAGACUGACGUGGUGGUCAAGGACGACCACGACGCCAUCGACCAGCCACUCGUCCCGCCGUCGCCCUUCCCAUCGCCCUUCGUCUCACCCAGUGCCGCCCAUCACCCCACCGAUGCGGCAGCUGCGGCUGCUGCGGCCGAGGGGCUGAGGGAUGCAGAUAACCGGCAAAAUGGGCACCUUUGACGUCAGGCAAUUGAAGCGGCUUGUGACAGGCAGGCAGGCAGCUGGAGAUUGCGGUGCGCUGCAGCACAUGUGCCUGUCCGUCCGGUGUAUAUGAUGGGCCUUGUGCCAUCCGUCGCAUGUCAAAUUUUGCCUUGUUGUCUUUCUGCUUCUGAGGUUUAAGAAUGGCAGCCGAACAGACAGAUGAAUGAGGACCAGGUACGUACGCGAACACAUACAUGCAAUACAUACAUGCGCAUAUACACAUCCCUACUUAUUCGGCCAGCGAAGAGGACGACAGACAGACAGACGGACGGACGGACGGAUGGAUAGACAGAGGCAGAAUGGGACAGGCCAGCCGUCCGCCAGCCAGUCAGUCAGAGUACGCCACACGCUUCUGACCGUUGCGCUGUCAACGCGCCUGAGUUUCUUUGUUCUCGUAUGCAUCGAUCGACACAUCCGCCGGAUACGCAAGUAUUUUUGGUGUCGAUGGGUGAUAGACGAGGUCCCUUCCUCAACUUGACAUCAAUGAUGCGCGCGGCCCGGCGCGCAUAGAGGGAGGGCAAGUGUCUUUGGACAUCAAUAUACGUGAAUACUGCGCGACUGUGUAUGCAUGUUGGAUACUUGCAUGGUGCGUGAAUGUCAUGUAUGCAUUGCGCCGCAGACAAGCAGAAAAAGCCGAGUUGAAUGCAUUCACAGAGGUGUUCUUCAUUGUCUUCCGGUCACUUUCUUGAAUGGUCGGCGCGG